ACAAGGGUCCGAAUUGAAACAGGGUAAUUUAACCCGACCCGGUUAAUUGGACCCGAAAUGAAACCUCUACAAUUAGUUGUGUUUAGAGGGUUUUAGCAAGGAGAGAGAAAAUGGAGAGAGGGAAAUAUUUGGCAUUGGUGGGAGGAGGAGCUCUCUUGGGCUCUGUAUCUACCUUCUUUCUUCUUAGGCUUCUUCAAUCUCAAAAAAGAGGUGUAUCGCAGUGCAGUAAGAAUGUUACGGCUGAUUUCAAUGGUUUUGAGGGAUGCUCUAUUUCUGGAAAGAAAAAUGAUAGGGUGGUUAACGAAGAUCUUCUGAAAGAUGAGAUUGUUUCAGAGCAGCUAACUAGGAACAUUCAGUUUUUUGGCUUUGAAUCUCAGCAAAGAGUGACUGGAUCAUAUGUAGUGGUCAUUGGUCUUGGAGGUGUCGGUAGUCAUGCUGCUACUAUGCUGUUAAGAUCAGGGAUUGGCAAGCUUCUUCUUGUUGACUUUGACCAGGUUUCUCUUUCAUCACUAAAUCGACAUGCUGUUGCGACAAGAGCAGAUGUUGGCAUCUCGAAAGCUCAUUGCCUUAAGGAGUACUUCUUAUCUGUCUUUCCAGAGUGCCAAGUAGAUGCCAAAGUGUUAUUAUAUGAUUCAUCCACUGAAGAAGAAAUUCUCUCAGGCCACCCAGACUUUGUAUUGGAUUGUAUUGAUAACAUUGAUACAAAGGUGGCACUUCUUGCUGCAUGUGUACGCAGGGGUUUGAAGGUUCUAUCUGCCACAGGGGCUGGUGCCAGAGCUGAUCCAACAAGAAUACGCAUUGCUGAUCUGAGAGAGUCUACUAAUGAUCCAUUGUCUCGAGCUGUAAGACACCGUUUGAGGAAAGAUCAUGGCAUUGAAGGUGGUAUCCCUGUGGUGUUUUCUUUAGAAAAACCCAAAGCUAAGCUGCUUCCCUUUAAGGGUCCAAGCGGAGAAGAAAACCCUUCAGAUUACCAGAUAAUACCAGGUUUUAGGGUUCGUAUCAUACCUGUGCUUGGCACCAUUCCUGCAAUAUUUGGGCAAUUCAUGGCCUCCUAUGUUGUGACAGAGUUAGCAGGAGUUCAUGUUCAAACAGAACCUGUAGUCAAUUUUGAUAUGGAUCAUUAUCAUACUCUUCAUCAACGCCUUAUCGAGCAUGAGGAGUCAGUGUAUGGAACAUCCACCGAAGUACUGGUAGAUGUUGAAGAAGUGAUGUAUAUUGUUAAAGAGUUAUGGAACGGAAGAAGUGCUAGAGAAAAACAUGUGAAAGAUGUUGGGCGAGGAAUGUGGCGAUCGGUUAAUGAACUAAUGCUUGUUAGGUGGGACAGUACAAAACCGGCAUCUAUUUCAAAUCUGAUUCUUUUGAAAUUCAAAGAGGUGGAUGAACAUGAAUCACGAACAUUGGAUGACAUAAAGGAAAAUGAACCAGAAUUUUACAGUAGAGUGACUGCUGUGUUAAAACGAGCUGAACUUGACUUUGGACUGUGAAUCUGUCAAGGCUACUCUUUUUGAAUGAUUUAAGCCUUAUAUUCCUCCCGGUAACUUAGAAAUUUUUUAAACUCUUCAAUCUUUAUACCUUUUUGAAUCUCAUUAUAUUUUCUUA